AUGGAGUCCUGUAAUGGGAGGACUCUGGUUUUGAGGGCUCUUCUCCUCCUUAUUCUGCUCCUUAAAUGCUUUGUCAGCUCCAACCACUUCUCUGACAACCAGGUUGUGCUUCUCGAUACAACAACAGCCAUUGGAGAAUUAGGAUGGAAGACAUAUCCAUUAAAUGGGUGGGAUGCCAUCACAGAAAUGGAUGAAUACAACCGACCUAUUCAUACAUACCAGGUAUGUAACGUCAUGGAGGCAAAUCAGAACAACUGGCUUCGUACCAACUGGAUCUCUCGGGAUGCUGCGCAAAAAGUGUUUGUGGAGAUGAAAUUUACACUCAGGGACUGUAACAGCAUUCCUUGGGUGGUGGGCACCUGCAAGGAGACAUUUAACCUUUACUACAUUGAAUCCGAUGAGGCACAUGGACAAAAGUUCAAGCCAAGCCAGUAUAGUAAGAUAGACACCAUUGCUGCUGACGAAAGCUUCACCCAGAUGGAUUUGGGUGAUCGCAUCCUCAAACUCAACACUGAAGUGCGGGAGGUGGGUCCCAUUUCUAAAAAAGGAUUCUACCUUGCUUUCCAAGACAUUGGUGCCUGCAUUGCUUUAGUCUCUGUGAGAGUCUACUACAAAAAGUGUCCGUAUAUGGUGCGCAAUCUGGCAAUGUUUCCGGAUACCAUUCCAAGAGUUGAUUCGUCUUCCCUUGUUGAAGUCAGAGGGUCCUGUAUAAAGUACGCGGAAGAGAGGGACACUCCUAAAUUGUACUGUGGAGCUGAUGGGGACUGGCUUGUACCUCUAGGACGAUGUGUCUGCAGUGUUGGCUAUGAGGAGUUGGAUGGAACCUGCCAUGGUGAGUGA